AUGGGUCAAAAUAAGCCUGGGAGUCGUCGCCGCACUGGAAGCCCACACGUGGAGGGGGAUGGGAAGUCUUCUAAGGCUAUAGGGAUCAGAAGGAACAUAGAAGUCAGAUGUUUAUUGGAACUUGAUGAUGAUGAAACUUUUAAACGCAACAAUACAUACGCGAAAUCUCACACAGUCGAAUGUUUGUCGAAACACACACUAGCAUUGAGGGGAGGUAACCGCACCAACCCAGCGCCUGAACCACAAUGUCCCGUCCUGAAGGAGAGGCUCGCUCGCCACAAGCAGAACUGUCACGGUGCUGGAACCAAAAAAGUUGAGUUUGGGACAUUAUGUGAUAUGAUUUCUCUAUCACCAGCGUUGUCUAUGGAUGACAAAUUGUCUGUUUCAUUCACUCAACCAACCAUUGAAUCUUGCAGUGGCGGUGAUAUUAAAAAAAGACAUACUCACAAAAGUUGUUUCACCAAUAGAUCAGAAAGUAAAAGAAAAUGCUAUUGCAAAAAUCAAAAAGAAAGAAAAAGCCAUGAGAUUAGACAAUGUGAAACCGUUAUACUACGUCCUGGAGGCGUAUAUAAAGAUAAUUUACAAAAUAUCAUCCUACAAUGGCUGAUUGAAAUACCUGUAUUACCAAGUAUCGAUCAAGUAUCGAAAAUAAUUAGAGAUAACGCGGUUCAUGCACUUAAUGAGGCAAUAUAUGAUUUAGCUUUAGAUAUCAAUGCUGAUUCUUAUGAUGAUAAAUUAAAAACACAUAUAGACAGUUUUCUAGAAGACUUGCCUAUUUGGUUUCCAUGUUCCAUGAAAGAGGAACAACAAACUUUCAGAACUGAUUUGAAGAAUAAUCUUUUUGAUAGAAUUAAAAAUCUGAAUAGAGAACAUUAUAAUGAUAAAAAUACUUACGUAAGAAAAUCCUCUCAUAGAAAUACAGAUAAAUAUUUCCAAAUGGAACAACUUGUAUUGAACUACAUUUCAAAUUUAAAGUAUAUAGAUGUAGACGAUUGGGGUUGUCCAAUCAAUGUGAACGAUGAAGUAAAGAAAUACGUAGCUCAUCGUUUGAAACAUGUUUUCAAAGUAAUGUCACAGACAGGAGAUGAUGACUCGUUUUUGAAAUCAGAAUUGGUUAAUAUUCUUGGAGAUCUACCACUAGAUUUUUCCCAUAAUAUGAUUGAAAGCCUAGAUAAAUAUGCCCAGGAUCUGACUGAUGAUGUUCUAGCAGUCCUUCAUAAUGUAAGCAAUAGGAAAAGGUCGUACGAUCAAAGUUUUCAAACAAAUGUUUUGUAUGAACAGCAAAACAAUGAAAUUAAUAGAAACGAGUUUUCUGAAGACAUAAUGCAUUUAAUAAAUAAUUUUACUGAUAAUUACGAUAUUAACAACAGCAGUCGCAAAGAAGAAUUUAUUGAUAUUUUACUAGAAUCUAUAGAUUCAAUUCAAACAGGCAACGAACUGAGCGUUCAAAAUGAAAUUUACGAGUUUUUAAAUGUCACUUAUGGUGUCACUGAACAAAAUUCUUCGCAUUUGACUAAAGCAAUUAUAGAGAAAAUAAAAAGUAUGAAACCAGCUGUAGAUAACAAUGCCAGCUCACCGGUCUUUUUAUACGCAGAUAUCUUAUCAAAAGAUGUUGCUGUAUAUGUUUCCGACCAUGAUUUAUCAGGACCAAUGCCUACUAACUACCCAAUAACAUCUACACCCAAAAAAUCAAUAUCGAAAUUGAAUGCAGAAGAAAAGAAGUACAUGAACGAUCUGACUAAAUUAAUUAAUGGUUGGAUAGAAGGGAUACCAGUACUUUCCCAUAUAAAAGAAGAUGCGAAUUACAAAAAUGUGAUGGUAUCAGACUUGGCUGGCCAUUUAAUAGAUGAAAUAAAAUUAGAGCAAUAUGCACCAGAUAAAAAAUACUAUGGCACUAGAGAUAAUAUGCUACAAUGUGCUAUUAGAAGUUGGAUUAUUAAAUUUGAAGAUGACGCGUUUAAAAUUAUUGAAGGUGUCGAACCCUUCAUUGAUGAUUUCAUACAAAAAUUUUCAGAAAUUCAAGUUCCUAUAUUAACUAUGCCUCAAUAUGGUACCAGGAAAGAUAUGAAAGCCGAAAUAUUUAGAAGAGAUUUUUCAGAUGAAAGAAUAGAUUUUAUACCUGAGGGCACAGAUAUUAUUGAAGAUGGAAUAUCUAUCUGGAUGAAUGAACAGUCUUCCCAGAUAUUUUCUAAUGAAAAUAGGAAUAUUAGAAAUAAUAUUUUGCAUGAUUUUGCUUUAAAAAUACAUAAUCAUCUCAAAAGUAAAAAACGUUCAAGUGAGGGAAUUAAAAAUGAAGCAAGACUAUGGCUUGACAAAAUUCUUAAACCAGAUGAAAAGAAAAAUAUUGAAUUGUACUCAGAAAUUAUCAAAGAUAUUAUAGUGAAAAUGCCAUUAUGUGAAACUUUGGAUGCAGAAAGUAAAAUAAAUGAUAGCAUAAUCAAUGAACCCUAUCACCAGAUACAAGAAUAUGUAGAUAAAAAUGAAAUUAUUGAUUUAAAUCUUAACAAAACGUUAACAAACUUUAUUGAGAAGUUUAUUGAGCACAAUUGUGAAGAAGAUGAUUCAAUAGUAAAAGGUGCUUUCUGUGAAUUACUGAAAACAGAAUUCCAAAGACUGAGUCCACAAGAUAAAUCAAAACUAACAAAUUGUGAUACUAAUUUGAAAUCCAAUGAAAUGUUCCCGCAGAAACUUACUAGAGAGUUACAUUACAUUAAAGAGAUAUCGGAUUGGUUGAAAAAUAUUCCAAUUGAUAAUUCAUUCAAUGUUUCUGGUAAUAAGGACAGAAUAGAAUUUAUCGUCAACUUAGCCAGGGAUAUCAAUAAAGUUGAAAUGGAAGGAAUGCAAACUGCAGAUGUCAUGGAACAUGACAAAUAUUUAUCACAGUUAUUAAAUAGUAAUUAUGUUCAAAAACUGCCCAUUUUACCAAACUGUAAACAAUAUCAAACUCAAAUAGCAGAAGAACUACUUAAACGAGUUAUAAAAAGUAGAUAUGAACUUAGUCAGCCUUUACGUAAAAAUAAUUACACAAAUGAUAGUUUAGAUAUUGAAGAACAAAAUAUAGGUGAGUUUAUCGAUGAAUACAUUCGCAUCAAUGGAAAAGAGAUUGCAGACGAUCCUGAAAAGCUGGAAGUAUGGACUGCAAGAGUUGUGAGUGAAAUAAAUAGAAUGAUGCAAGAGUCAGAAUCAAGUACCUCAUUAAAAAAUAAAAUUUACAAUAGACUCGCUGAAAUAUCAAUACCAGGAAAUGAUUCUAUCACGAAAUUUGACCAAAAGCUUAUGUAUGCCCAUGAAAUAGGAGAUUGGAUUAAGAAUAUGCCAUUACAAUCUACCUUAGAUCAAGAAUCAACACUCACAAUUGUGAGAAUGAUUAGUGAAUUGGCAGAAAAAUUGUCUGAAAAGCAAAUAAACAAUAUCAAGGACGAUGCGGAACAAAUGGAUUAUGUUAUGAAAUGGAUAUUAACUUUACCACUGGAACCAGGAAAAGAAGUAGAUACCUCAGUAUUGAUACAGCAAUUAUCUAACCGAGUCAAGAGAGUUAAUAAUGGCAACAGUGAAAGUCAAAAUAAUUCUAAUGAUAAGCAAAAUAACCAAACAAUGAGAACAAUUCAAAAAGAUUCUAAAAGUUCUCAUUCGAAAACUCGAAAAUGUAAUUCAGCUUUCGAUAAAAGUAAGGUUGGAAAUUCAGGUGAGCUGAUAGUGGGAGCUAUAGAAGAUUGGUGUAACAAACUUCCAAUCAAAGUCAAGAACGGAGGAAAUAAAAAAAAUAUUAAAGAUAACAUUGCAAUAAAAUUAUUCCAAAAGGUUGGCGACCUCAAUUUGGAUCCUAAAUUUAAUGAUGAUAUUUUAUACAGAGACCAGUUAAAUGAAGAAGUAGAUAGUAUACUUGAAGAUAUGCAAGAAUUUAAUGAUGUGAUGAAGGAAAAAGACAAUCUUAAAACCAGCUUGGUAAAUAGUAUUGUAGAAGCGCGAGGUAUAAUCAGAGAACAUACAGCUGGAGAUUUAUACAGGAAUAAACUUGAAAAUACUAUUGAAUCAUCAUUGCCAUCUCCAGUUACAAAACACAAAAUUUAUGACCCAGGCUUUGAGUUGUACAAAACUAAAUUGGCAAAUAUGUUCAUUUUAGAAAAUUUUGAUCAUAGUGAUGACCCAGUUAAGUUGAAAUACGAAGUUAAAAUUAAAGAUGAGAUCGAUAAAUAUUUUUCAGAAGCCCAAAAGAGAAAUGCAGUUCCUUUGAGCAGAGACGAAAUUUAUAACGAACUUUAUUCCGCAUUGUUCAAAGUUCCUAUUCCGAACGAGUCUUCAGUUAUUCAAGAAGUCGAGGAAGUCAAAUUAAGGUGUGAAAUAGAUGGAUGGUUUGAAGGUUUACCUAUUAGAGAAGCAGUAAAUCUCAAUGAACUUCUGGAUUGGGACAAAAUAUUAGCAAUGUUAACCAAAAGAAUUUACGAAUUAGAAAAAAAUGAUUUAAAGGCUGAAGAUAAAAUUCACAACGAAAUAACUAAAUGGCUAGUAAAAUUUCCUUUUCUCCCUGGCGAAGAAAACAAUAUUGAUAAGCAUGCAAAGUCGUUAGAGGACAGGUUAAAAUCAUCGAAAAAUGACAGAAAAUGUACUCCAACAUCUAAAGCAGACAAAGUUUCUAAAAAGGGCAAAUCGUUAAAGAAAACUAAAUCACAAAGCAAAACUAAACUCACCAAAAAAUUUGAAACAAUAAAAAAUAAGAGCCAAACAGCUGGCCCUAGCCAGGCUAUUCCAAAAUGGACUGGCUCCAUAGAGACCAGUGACGUAUCAGAGAUGAGCCUUAAUCCUUGCUGCAUUGCAGCAUCUACACCAAGAAGAAAACCAGCCGACAUCAUCCAAGAAAUAGUUGAAAGUUGGUGCCAAUCUUUACCUCUUAACCCCGAACCAGGUCAAGAUAUAACAACGGUCAAGGAUAAUCUAAUGACGAAUAUACUUAGAAAAAUAAUCGAACUAAAUGCGAAUCCGGAAAUAUUUGAUGACGAUUUUAUAUAUGAAGAUUAUUUAGACGAUGAAUUAGAUCGUCUGUUUAAAGCGUUACCCAUGUGUUGCGAACUACAAAGAAAUUCAGAGCUAAGCAAAUACCAAUUAAUAUCAGCCCUUCGAACAAUUAAACCUUUGAUAAGAGCAGAAAGAGCAAGACAUGAAUAUAAAAAAGAAAUAAGGAAUACAAUAAAAAAUAUGUUGCAGGUGCCCUUGGACACAACACCUGAAAAAGCUUUUCUUGAUGAUCUCAUUGAUGAAGUUGCAGAUAGUUUUGUACAAUAUAAUUAUAAUAAAGACGAUUAUGAAGGAAAACAAAUAUAUAAAAAUAAGAUACGCGAUGCUAUUAUUCAAUACUAUACUGAAGUAGAUGACAAAUCACAUGAAGAUACGUUAAUAAAACAAAAUAAAUUGUUGUGUGAGUUGGCUAAAAUUCCUAUUCCAAGUGAGGCUGCGAUAAAAGAAGACGUCGAGGAAAUUAAAAUGAAAGAAGAGGUGUCGAACUUUCUCGAAGAAGUGAUACCAGAUGAAAAUAUUGACCAGAAGAAACAACUAAAAAACUACUUAUCGAAACGAUUAACUGACAUUGAAAAGAGUGGUCAUAGCUGCGCUACCGAUAAAACUAUGAAAGAAGAAAUAGCAAGGUCCCUUAAAAAGCUUAAUACGGAAGUCAAUUUAGAUAAAAUAGAUGAUUUUGUCAAUAGAUUAAAAAAUAAUGAGGCGAAAAGGAAAGCAACACCGCUAAGAAAAUCAGAUGGAUUUCAACCGAGUAUGAACGUAAGUCAACAGCUUAAUCAACAUGGAUGGCAAUCUGGCCACGCGUCAUUUAAUUCAGCAGAUCUAAAUUAUAAAUAUCAACCACCCACACCUCAAAAUUACCCAACAUUUGCCUCAGAGCCUGGUGAUUUAUCACGAUACCAACCGUCUGAAAGUAUAAAGUAUUACACUCUUCUACCAGAAGAUGCACCAGGACAUGCUGUUCAAGAUAGACCUGAAACAAUGCAAUGGUAUCAACCUGGUUCAACGGCAAAUGAAAGCCAACAUUGGCAAUCAUUACCUGCAAACACAAGAACUGGGCCUCUUGAAGUAUCAAAUGCGGCAACUACGUGGCAUACUCUGCCUUCAAGUAAAGAGAGAACACCACCAGAAGCUUUACAAAGUAGUGUCAUUCAGGGAUCUGGCCAACUUUUUCCUGCAACGAGUGCAGAUUUGGCCAGUAAAUUUUUGCCAAGAGCACAAACAAGACGUCAAACUAUUGACAUCCCUACCACUUUAAAUUUAAGUCCUCAACAAAGAGCAUCAUUACAGACUCCUUUGAGAUACAAUUAUGAUAUUCAUGACAACCGAAGUGCCCCAAAAACUUAUAAAGAAUUAUGUGUUGAUCAAAAUAAUGCUAAUGCUUCUCAUCCUCCAACAGCUAAUGUUGCAGCACAAAUUGCUUCUCAAUCACUUGCUUCUACACCUAGACCUUUAUCUCCAACGCAAGCAAGAGCUAUCUCUCCUCGAAUUUCAAUACCAACUUAUUCAAAUCCUACUGAACAACCUAUAACAACGCCAAGAAUUACUUUACCAGAUCCAGCACAAUCAUUGAACAUGAUGUCAUCUAGACCUUUAGCAUUAUCAACCCAAAACUACCAAGGGUUUCAGAAUGCCGUAGCUGGUGUUUCUUCACCGACCCAACCUGUUCCUAAUAUACCAAUUUCGACUGUACCACAAAGCACACGAAACGCUGCGUCAAUACGUCAAGAUGGUGGUCCGACCAUCUCAAACAUACCACAUGUAACUCCAGAAGGAGUGUCUUCUUCAGAUGGAGCUCACAGAAUGGCAGCUGAUCCACAAAUUCCAGAUCCUCCUAGAAAGAGACAGAGAAUACUAACUCCAGACGAAGAAGAGUUGUGCGAAUGUUUCUUGGGCAGUAGAAAAAAACACUGUAUGCCGUUUCCUGAAGGUGGAUUUUGGUGUUACAUGCCCUUUCCCAGUUUUUGUUACUUUUAG